GAGCCUACAGUUAUCCUUAGACGUGGCACCACUUCGGUUCGGUUUGCGUGGAUCCGUCGCGGGUUGAACGCUGGGUUUGGUACGUCAGACGGGUGUGUAGUUGUGAUGACGACUUUGAACCAAAUAGUUUGUACCUUCGGUGGAAUAUGGUGUGUACUAUAGUGCGAGGACAAUGACGAUUGUGACGCGGAUGGUGGCUGCCGCUUGACUGUAGUGGUGUCGCAUUGGUGACGGGACGAGAUGUCAGUGUAGAGGUGCGUAACUAUUUAUCUAGCAAUUAUUGGCUGUUGCUGUCGCGUGGUACCACUAUAGACCGUGCUUUAGUGGGUGCGACGAGCGGAUGGAAAGAAUCCAAGAGGAUGGCAAUGGGUGAUGAACUGUUUUUUGUUGCUUCUGUUGGUGGCGUUGGCUUCCGUUCGGUAGUGACGGAAAAAGGCUCGCUGUUACGCUCGCUGUUACAAAAACAGACGAGCCACGAUAGAAGACGACUAGUUUCGGAUCUGCAUUCGGGCGGAACACUACCUGGAAUUGAUAUUGUGUUUGUGGUCGAAUGAAACGUUUAGAAAACAUUAUCGUCAUGUUUUUCACACACGCAAAUUAAAAAAAAAGGAAUGUGUAGUAAUUGGAGCGAUAUGUCUCGCUCUCAGCCCACCUGUUUUCACAAAUCCAUCGAGCAGACUUUCAACAAAAAAGUUUAAGAAGAGCCAGAUUCCGUUUCCACAGUGAAUUUCAACCGAAAAGUGAGAAACACAAUUUUUGUUUUCCCUCGUUCCACCCUGUCGGUUCGCCGAAGUCGGAACAUUGUUUGUUUAGUUGUCUGCCCCGCUGGCUAGGCCAGAGAGCACAACGGUCGCUGUUUUUGCGCGUUUCCUCCCCCAAAGCACACCAUAAAUCAUAACGUAAUAAAUUCGUAACAAAUUUCUUCGAUUAUUUUGUGUGCUUUCCCUCCGACCAUCGGUCUGUAAAAAAAUCUAAAAAAAAAAUAAGAAACUCCCCAUCACUGAAGAGACGAUAGCUGGAAUACAAAUUUCGCUUUCUAUACAUCGCUUCCCUUUCCCCCUCGUGAAAAACUCAACAUUGGCGCGUGGGAGUGAAGGGAAAACUCUCCUUCUUACGGGAGGGAAAAAUAAGAAAAAACAAAACCCAACGAAUGGCAAUUCGGGCGUAAGAAAAUCCAAAACAAAGCGCCCAAAUCUAUACACACUGCUGCUUCGUGGCACACUAAGUAAACAAAUACACAUACGCACCGAAUCCCACGCACGAUACACGCAGAGAAAUCGGAAAAGAUAGUGCAGCAAUGGCAGCGAUUUUCCAUUAAUGUGAUUAAUGAUGUGCGAAAGCGAUUAGUGAAAUUAGGCAAUUCAGAGGAGCUUAAGGCUACCGAAGUUGCCCUCGGGCUAAGCCAGCUGUGAGGAGAUUGUGAGUUUUGUGAAUUUGUGAUUAUUUUUUUGUUGCUGUCCGUCGUGUCUGUGUGGUGAUGCUGAUAAAAAUAAGCCAUUGAUGAAGCGAAAGAGAUGGUGAAAAAUGUGCUGAGUGAUACCAAAUGGGUUCCUGUUUUGGUUGGCGUUCGUUGGGAGGGAAAAUACAUUGAGCGGCGUUUUUCAUCCCCUUCAGAAAGUCAUCAUGAUGUGAAGAUUUUUGUUUGGUGUUGAUUGAAUUAGAAAACCGAAAUCGUUGUUGACUCCGUAUCUGAUAAGCGGCUGCUUCCGAGGUUUGGAGAGUAGCGAGUGGUUCCCCACCUAAAGGCCUCUCGCGUCGCAGGCGAGAACAAUAGCGCCACAAUGGAGUUCAAGCCCUCCACAAUCGCGACGAUAGACAAAGGCAACCCUCCGCUGCCGGCUACCCUCCUGCAUCCACCUGCCUCGCCAACGAACGUUGGAUGCUGCGCGAUGGGUCACCACACCCCUCCGAGGCCACCUUCGGAAAUUUACUUCGAAAGCCGGGGCAAAUGCUGUAAGAAACUGCUCCGAUACAACGGAUACCCGAACAAGGUUUUACUCUACCCGGAAGAAGGAUGGGCGCGCAGUGCGGCGUCUAGUUAUUGGACAAUAUCGCCUUGUCGAUGGCGAAGGAAUCGCUGCAUCGUCGAAGAAGUGGCUGGAUCCAGAAAACAAUCAACUCAAGGACGAAUGAUCGUGGUGGGUGACGGUGCGCUUCUCAUAGUGGGCACCUUCAAAAGACGAGUUCCUGAUCCUGACUUUAAGCUGUACCUGUCCUCCAACAUCACGCUGGCCGAUUACAACAUGGGCUACUGUCUGACCGGAACGCUCGAGCGGGGUGACCAACGGGCGAACCAAUUCCAGACGACGCAUUUCGCCGUGAUUCGACGAUGUUGGCCGUCAAACGAACCGGACUCGGGGGGACACAAAACACAGCACACGUACAUUGAUUUCCUCUUCAACCGAUGAUAAAGUGUGGAAUUGAUGUCCCGCCGUCAUUUGUAGGCGCGGAAGAAUAUGGAAAUAUAUACGUACCGUUCGUUAGCAAACAAACAAACAAAAAAACCGAGAUAAUCUAGCGAUGGGGGAAACAAAAAUACUCAUAAAUUCAGCGGAAAUAAGUUUGGGUGAUUAUUUAUUCAUUUGUGCCCCGAAGCUGAAAACAAAAAGCGUAAGUACUUCGACCAUAACAGUAACAAACAUGCUGAAUAUGUACAGAGACGAACAUAAAACAGAAGUUUAAGAACAGAAAAAAAAAUCAAAAUUACCAGCGAAAUAAAAAAUAUUUUUGUAAUGAUCGUUUUGUAAAUAGCCACCAACCUACAUAUUUAAUGGUAAUGACAAAUAAUGGAACGGAAAAUAUGCUGAUAAAUUUAUGGGCUUCAAUCUCAAACAGAUUAAACGGAAAUUGUUCUCCCCCGCACAGUAAACACCCGGUAUCAUGCGUAGGUUAUAUGUGCUUGUUGCUGUUCCGCGACAUUUUUUUCUCCCUAUAUGUAUCGUUUUCAGUCGAUCGAAUAUUUCAUAUUAACCUCGGGACAUUUUUAUAUUGCAGCGAAGUUGAGCGGAAAUUUAUUACCCAUCUGCAACGUCGUACCGACGUGUGAACCGCAUGAAUUAUAUUUUUAAGUUAAUCUUCGACAAAUUAUUGUAUCAGUGGAAAUGACCUGUGGGUAUUAUACUGCAGCGUAAUUGGUUUGAAGCAUCCCCAUUUUCAUGCUCAUCCUUGCGUAGAAAAGAAGUCCAGCGAAUAGAGAAUCAGCUAUUUGUUCCAAACAGGAAUUUUCAUUGUACUGACAAAACAAAUACAAAACGUACAAGUACCGGGCGUAAACCCUUUCUCGUCCCGGGACUGCAAUUGAAUGAUAUUAAUGUCCUGCCAGUAUCUAACGUCCAUGAUGAUAGUUGUUUAUGAAACAAACAAACAAACAAAAAAACAAGAAACUAUGGAGAAAUGCAUCUUCACUACUAGAUAACAAACACACACUCACACUGAAUCUGCUGCGAUCUGUUGCGAGCAUCAUCUACGAAUAGGUGGCUUGAUUUUAUCGAAAGUAGUGCGGAGGUAAACAUAAAACAAAAUCAAAAUAAAACGAGGAAAUUGCUUAAAGCGCUUGCAUCAAUGUCUAGAGCUCAAUUCAAUAGAAUAAAAAACAUACUAACGUAAAUCGAACAUACAGUACCAGAAAAAUAGUGUGUAUGCCAAAUGCCUAACAAAUAAAACAGACAGGAAUGAACAACACUUUUUUGUGUAGAACAGAGGGGAAGGAUAAAAUAUGAUUGAUAAAAUAAAACCUGCAUAAAACCACAACCAAAGAUUAGAGAGAUCGCGGUUAAAGAACUAUAGUGAAACUAAAAUGACAUUUUUGUACCGAACAAACAAACAAACAACACUAUGAAAACCACGAGCCAAGAACUCAAACCAAGCCUAGAAACCGCAAUCCUUCCGAGUUUAUUUUACUAUAUAUACAGGCUGUAGCAGACAAAAAAAAACCUAGGCGCCGCCGUUAUGCGUACAUAACCGGAAACACGCGCAAACGCUGCUUAAAAUUUUAUAGUUUUGUGGAUAGUUAGACGAACAUAGAUGCGACCGACCGACCGGGGCGGCUGAGAAGUGCUAUCUAUUUUUUCUACUUAGCAUUUAUAUGAGUGUAUUUAGGACGGAAAGAAUUAGAAAAGUUCGUCGAGUGUAGGGAGCUGCGAAUGCAUCGUGUGCAUCGGCCAAUUUGAAUUUGGAAAAACUAUGAGCAAAAAUCGUUCGUCGUCGCAAUCGUACGAAACACAAAAACAACAGCGAAACAAAUAAAGAUGGAAGAAAAGUACGCAAUGCAAAAUUGUACGCAGAAAGCUAGAAAUAAAUGUAAUUACAGUUAUAUUUUUAAAUGUAUCAAGUACUGUAGAGGAGGGUAAGAAUUUUG